UGAGUCACUUCCAGUAGCAGGGCAUAGGGGAAGGGAAGCCAGCAAAGAGACAUAGAAACUGUGUCCAAGUCGUUUCUGGGACCGGGGAUGAAAAUGGAUUCUUCUGUGGAGAGACUUGCCUUGGCAGCUUCUCUCCAAGAUAAAAUGGCAAACCCCAAAGAGAAAACUCCAAUGUGUCUGGUAAAUGAGUUAGCCCGUUUCAAUAGAGUCCAACCCCAGUAUAAACUUCUGAAAGAAAGAGGGCCUGCUCAUUCGAAGAUGUUCUCAGUGCAACUGAGUCUUGGUGAGCAGACAUGGGAAUCCGAAGGGAGCAGUAUAAAGAAGGCCCAACAAGCCGUUGCUAAUAAAGCUUUGACUGAAUCUACACUUCCCAAACCAGUUCAGAAACCACCGAAAAGUAAUGUUAAUAAUAACCCAGGUAGUAUAACUCCAACUGUGGAACUGAAUGGGCUUGCUAUGAAAAGGGGAGAGCCUGCCAUCUACAGGCCAUUAGAUCCAAAGCCUUUCCCAAAUUAUAGAGCUAAUUACAACUUUCGGGGCAUGUACAAUCAGAGGUAUCAUUGCCCAAUGCCCAAGAUCUUUUAUGUUCAGCUGACUGUAGGAAAUAAUGAAUUUUUUGGGGAAGGAAAGACUCGACAAGCUGCUAGACACAAUGCUGCAAUGAAAGCCCUUCAAGCACUGCAGAAUGAACCUAUUCCAGAAAAAUCACCUCAGAACGGCGAAUCAGGAAAAGAAAUGGAUGAUGACAAGGAUGCGAAUAAAUCUGAGAUCAGCUUAGUGUUUGAAAUUGCUCUGAAGCGAAAUAUGCCUGUCAGUUUUGAGGUUAUUAAAGAAAGUGGACCACCACAUAUGAAAAGCUUUGUUACUCGGGUGUCAGUGGGAGAGUUCUCUGCAGAAGGAGAGGGAAAUAGCAAAAAGCUCUCCAAGAAGCGUGCUGCCACCACUGUCCUACAGGAGCUUAAGAAACUUCCGCCUCUUCCUGUGGUUGAAAAGCCAAAAUUAUUUUUUAAAAAACGCCCUAAAACAAUAGUAAAGGCUGGACCAGAGUAUGGUCAAGGAAUGAACCCCAUUAGCCGCCUGGCUCAAAUUCAACAGGCCAAAAAGGAAAAAGAGCCAGAUUAUGUUCUGCUUUCAGAAAGAGGAAUGCCUCGACGUCGGGAAUUUGUGAUGCAGGUCAAAGUAGGCAAUGAAGUUGCUACUGGAACAGGACCUAACAAAAAGAUAGCCAAAAAAAAUGCUGCAGAAGCAAUGCUGUUACAGCUUGGUUAUAAAGCAUCCACUAGUCUUCAAGAUCAACUUGACAAGACAGGGGAAAACAAAGGAUGGAGUGGUCCAAAGGCUGGGUUUCCUGAACCAACAAAUAACACUCCAAAAGGAAUUCUUCAUUUGUCUCCUGAUGUUUAUCAAGAGAUGGAAGCCAGCCGCCACAAAGUAAUCUCUGGCACUACUCUAGGCUAUUUGUCACCCAAAGAUAUGAACCAACCCUCAAGCUCUUUCUUCAGUAUAUCUCCCACAUCGAAUAGUUCAGCCACAAUUGCCAGGGAACUCCUAAUGAAUGGAACAUCUCCUACAGCUGAAGCCAUAGGUUUAAAAGGAAGUUCUCCUACUCCCCCUUGUUCUCCAGUACAACCUUCAAAACAACUGGAAUAUUUAGCAAGGAUUCAAGGCUUUCAGGUUCACUACUGUGAUAGACAAAGUGGCAAAGAGUGUGUGACCUGUCUGACAUUAGCCCCUGUGCAGAUGACUUUCCAUGCUAUUGGAAGCUCCAUUGAAGCCAGCCAUGACCAGGCAGCUUUAAGUGCCUUGAAACAAUUUUCUGAACAAGGACUGGAUCCAAUGGAAGGGGCAAUGAAUAUUGAAAAAGGUUCUCUUGAAAAACAAGCCCAGCAUCUGGGAGAGAAAGCGGACAAUAACCAGACACACCCGGGCUCCAUCGCUCAGGACUGCAAGAAAUCAAAGUCGCUCAUCUAGCAGCUCCCAGAACCGCGGCUGCCACCGCAUCCUUAUAAACCUGUCAGCACGCAUGAGGGUGUCUGUGUUCAAGGAAAUGAAUGACUAAUACCAUUAUUUGAGUCUUACGUGAAGACAACACUAUUCUAACACGAGAGAUAAUAUACAUAGCACUGUUUACUCAACUGGGGGAAAAUAAAACUUUGAGCGUUUCCCUUGGAACUUGAGAUCAGAUCAUAACUCAUUGGCCCAGAGGCAGCAGAAAUCUGAUCCUGCUACUGGAGCUUAAAAUAACAGUUAGUGAGAAGUGUUAGAAACAGAGGUAAAAAUUUUAAAUGAUUAAUAGAGAAAUUGGGUUUGGUUCUGUUGUUAUGGUUGUUUUGUCGUGGCGCUUGUGUUCAGUUCUACUCUCUCUCUCGUUUUAAAUAAUGCUUGAUGAUUCAAAGAUUAACCAAUGACGUGCUGUGGAAUGUGAUGGUUGUUGUCUUCAUAUAGUCACGCGGUUUCUCUUUUUAUGCCGGUAUUUGUAAUCUUCAUCCUGAGUAUCAAUAGGAGUAACUUUAAGGCGCACGCCUCAAAGAUGUAUGCAAACAAGCAAGGUUUAAACCAGGUCAGAUAUUUAUUUAAGAUACGAAAUAACGUUAGGAACAACUAGUUUCAGUAUACUCCGGGAAUCGAGCGAAACCAGCCGGCUGUGGGUUCUGAGCGCGCAACACGAGGCGCCAGCAGGGAGGCGUCUUGCCUCCACACCCCGUUUCUCUGGACUCCACGUUCUGCCGUGGAAAGCGCACCCAGCCUCAUCCGUGUGUCGUGGCCACUCUCCGUUUUGCCUCGAGCGUGUUCUCAGUAGCUGCCUCUGGACUUGGGACGGUGAGGAGGAUCAGGCACCCCGUCCGCGUCUUGCCGGCGUGUAGCCAGCCACGCUCGGGACCAGCAUGGUGGAACCCGGCGGGCCGCGAAUGCAGUAAAAAUGUGGUCGGUUUCUGUGUCAGUGUUGUCAUUGCUCUUCUUUCGUUCCCGGGCGCGCCUCUCUUGAGGCGCCCCUGCGCGAGCCCCAGGCCGGACGGAGGCCGCCAGCCGGCCUCGUCCUCCUGGGCCGCGCGGGGGCCUUGCUUGGCCGGGCCGCCUGCUGGGUGACUAGGAGCCCGGCUUCCUGGGCAGCCGCGUCCCCUCAUUGUUCGGCCUUUCUCCGUAUUGAUUCGCCCGCGUUGUGCAAUGAGAAGACGCUCGAUGGCCUCACGGCUCGACCCAACAUGACAAGAGAAAUAUAAUUAUGUAAGAUUUCGUAAGCAAAACCACCACAAAUUAUGAUCGGCUGACUCACACGCGACUGGAGAAUAAACAAACAGCAACAUAAGGAAAUAACUCGAGGGUUGUUUUUGAUGAGUCCCAUGUGGGGAAGUCCGCCAGUACUGGGAGGGCUGGGUGCCCUUGGAGGAAAUGGGUUUUGUUACACAAAGCUGGGUGCUUGUGGUCUGUAAAGUUGGGGAGGGGGUCGCAAGUCAAGCCAGGCUGAGCUGGGCAACACCGUCCUGCUGCCUAGCACCAGGGCACGGAGGGCCCUGGACCCUUCCCUUACCAGGGGACAGGCUGUCUCUUCUGCUCUGCCUUUACCACCUGAGUAAGCUUAGGCCCUCGGCUGGCGGCGGGGAGGGCCUGGACACAGCACUCCCUCAGGCCGGGUCUUUAAAGUGGAGCUUCAGUUUACCAAACACAAUAAACACGGACUACCUCCUGCAGCCCACGGUCUGAACAACACCGGGGCCGUCAGGGCUGUCGGAGAGGGGUGAGCCCAGGGAACAAACGAGCUCAUCAGUUCUCACCACCCAAAUAUCUGAAACCUUUAACUCUUGAGCCACCCUCAGAGCUGAGGUAUCCCUAACACACCAGGGUGGCAGUCGGCUCGGUUGGGGGGGGGGAGGGCGGGGGCAAGGGGGGAUGUAAAUUUGCAUAGGACUUCAAGUUUAAUGGGGAGGGAAUGAUCUAAAAAUUCUGUCCCAUCUACCUGCUUGAAGAGCCUGGGAAAGCUUUUAGAUAUUCCACCCCCCGCCCCCACCCCGGGGGGAAUGCAGCGCUGUCUGGGAACCUUUGGGGUUUUCUUUGGGUUGGAUUAGCAAUGCAAAUGUUGGGUGGCCUGCAGACCCUUGCGGGAACCGGCCAGGAUGCUCCAAGCUCGUUCCAAAGCGCGAUGUUAUAUAUCAUUAGAGGGGAAACCAUUAAGUAGAUUUAUUGAAAGAAUGUUUCUUCGGCACAAGGAGAUCUUUUUGAUGAAAAAUGGAACUCAUUAUUCUUUAAAGGACACAGAUUGACUUAUCUCCUUUAUCAAUUACAGUGUCUGCUUUCAGCUUUUCUCAAUCAGCAGUGGGCUUUGUAGUCACUUCCCAGUGCUGAGGCCAAUGUGCUUUAUGAGAAAGGUUUGUUUUUACAUUUUAAUUGGAAAUACAAUAUUGCACUUUGGAACUCUGACCAUCCCUUUCCAGUACAACUUGCCAAAGAUCGAUGGUGAGACACCACCAAUUGGGCUGUGACAGGAUAGUCCCCCCUUUCCUGGGGUGAUGUAUCCGAGUCGUCCUAGCAUUCUUCUCCGCAGCCAACCUUCUCAACAGUGAGUUUUGUUGCUGUCGUCGAUAGCUUCGACCAAAUUCCUGCACCAUAAAAUAAAAAUAGAUGAAUGAAAAACUCAACGUAUUACACAGAAGUUUUCAGGACUCCUGGUAACCUUGGAAAUGUGGUCCAGACCAGUUGAUUAGUGUUUCAUCCAGCUGCAGGUGAGUGGUCACCGCCCAGUUUGUUCUGUACCUUUUAAUGUCCAGAGGCUGCUUGUUAUCAUUAUGGCCAAGGAUGAUAGAAAACCUAACAGUUUUGCACUCAGAGCUAAGAAGUCAUUAAUGGCAAAAUCGUAUAUGAAUUUGUCUUUGUGUUUCCUCUAACUUA